AUUUUUAUUAUGUAUGUGUAUUGUGUUGUGUAUGGUGAAAUUAAAGAAAUUGUUAAAAUAUAGACCUACUAAGUCAGAGAAUAUAGAGUUAGGUGCUGUGAGUAAGAAGAAACCAUGUCUGCUACAAACGUAGCUCCAAUUACAGCUACUGAUAGCUUGUCUCAAGCAUUAAAAGCUAAUAUCAUACCAAACCAAGAAUAUUUGCUUCAGGGGUCUGUACUGGACUCUGCAGUAGAAGUUCUGCUUCACCGUCUUCGAGGACUUUGUGAUAAUGUAGACGCUGGUCCAGAGACAUUUGAUGAUCAAGAAGUUUGCUUUAGCCUAAGAGAUCCAAAUCAACAGACAGCACCACUAAUGUUACGGGUUCGUAAAGCACUUGAUGCCAGAGACAUGCCAUACCAACUUCGUUACAUAGGCCAGCCUGAUCUGGGUGAUAAGAAUAGACCCACAGUUGUUCGCUCUAGUCUUGACAUUGCCUGCAGUGGAAUGCUGAUUGAAUUCUUGAAUGAACUUGGUUGUAGGAUAGAAUUUGAAUAUAGUAUCAAAGGUUAUAUGUUCAGAAAAGGAAGAAUGAAGAUUACAGUUGCAAAGGUCUUCAAGAUAUCACAGAGUUCUAUGCCACCAGAGCCGAUAUCUCAAAGCUAUUUAGUUGAAUUAUCUGUAUUGGCACCCCAGGGGCAAGAUGCUAUAGGAGAAGAUAUGCGAGCAUUCGCUGACCAACUCCGCCCUUUAGUUUUACUUGAUAAAAUAGAUUAUAAACGGCUAGGCCACAUGGCUGUAACAUAGCCUUUGUUCUUUACUUAGGCUGUGUUCACAUUGUAAUAAAGUUAUAACGUGAAGACAGUCUUAGUUCAAGCCGAUUUAUAUCCAAGUCUCAAUAGCAGUGGUAUAUUUAUUCCGAAUAUUAAUACAGUAAGUCCUAACGUAUAUGACGCGCAUGUUGAAUCUUUGUUUGCGCAGAGCACCCCCUUACUCUCGGACGCAAUCGCCGCCAAUUGACGUUGCAAUUGUGCCGUUUGUCGUACGGUCGCGAUUGUGUUUGAGAGUAAGGGAGCAGAUCUGACAAUUCCGAGAAUGAUAGAACGCAUGAUUAAAAUUUAUAUUAAAACUUGUCAUUAACUAUGAGGUAUAAAAUACAAAGUAUAAGGGGUUCUUCUUACUCAAACUCGGCCGGGGUCAGGCGCCUGGAUAUUGGUGGAUCGCUCGAUGGCGUAAUACUUCAAUCAUUCUGAUUGCUCGACAUUUUCUGCGCUUCGAAAUUUAGCCUUCUAUGUGAGCCAUAUCAGUUGUAUCUUAAUGUAAGAAUAUUAUGGAUUAAGCAGGAAUUUCAAUAAAUAAUAGAACUUUUAUAUGUUAAUAAACUGUAAUAUCA